UGCAGAUCUCGAGAUCUUGAUUUCGAGAUUCAAAUCUCGAGAUCAAGAUGUCGAGAUGAAGAUCUCGAGAUCUUGAUUUCGAGAUUCAAAUCUCGAGAUCAAGAUGUCGAGAUGAAGAUCUCGAGAUCUCGAUUUCGAGAUUCAAAUCUCGAGAUCAAGAUGUCGAGAUGCCCAUCUCGAGAUCUUGAUUUCGAGAAGAUGAACCGACGAUUUCGAAGAGAUUUAAACCACCUGCAAAAGCAUAAACAGAUAUAGUAAACAUGAAAACAAUAAGAUUGCGACAUACAUUCAAACAAAAACAAGCUAAUUUGAUUAUGAUUUUGAGAAAUUCCAAGGGUUUUUCGCGAAAUCAAACAUUCGUUUUCGGGUUUUCGAGAUCGAUCGAUCGCUUUUGGGUUUUGAACGCAAGCAAAGAGAAACUACCUUCUUAGGAAUGUCGAGAAGAAGAAAAGAGAGAAGGGGAUUGCGAGAUCGUAAGGUUGGGAAGAAUAAGAAAGGUCUGAGAGCUCUGCCUUUGCGAAAAAGUUUUUGGCCUUCGAGAAAAUAGAGAAUGGAGCGAAGGGUUUUUAAUUUGGACUUAUAUACGCGAGAAAAAUUUUUGGACCUCCUCCGUAACAAUUGAGCCCGAAUGAUUGGGCUGGCACACAGUGCCCUUUUAAAAGAUUUUCGAGGUCCAAACAGUAAAAAAAUAGAGAGCUCCCCCUUAAUCAGUGAAAAUUAGCUCCCCCUCAAAUAGUGAAAAUUUUCUCCCCCUCAAAAAAAUGCAACGAACAAUAUGUACAGAUGCAACGUACACACACUAUUUUUGUUCUUUUUUAUUUUUCACCCACUCAACACAUGCAACGCACACACACUAUUUUUGUUAUUUUUCUGGUUUUCUCCCCCUCAACACAUGCAACGCACACACACUAUUUACAAAUCCCACACACACACUUUUUACAAGUCUCACACACACACACACUUUUUAGAUCAGUGGAGACAUAAUUAAACGGGCUCGAGGUUCAACAUGCCCAACUUGGAGACUAGGAACUGGAAUCGUUUUUCAUCCAAUGCCUUAGUGAACAAGUCAGCCAGUUGAAGCUCUGAGCUUACAAAAUACAUGUCAAUGUCUCCUUUUUCCACAUGAUCCUUGAUGAAAUGAUAGCGCAGGUCGAUGUGUUUGGUGCGGGAGUGAUGAAUCGGGUUGCUGGUGAUGGCUAUGGCGCUUUGUGAGUCACUGUAGAUCGGGAUAUGGCGGAGUGUGUAACCGUAGUCCUUUAGCUGGGUCUUCAUCCAUAAUAUUUGUGAACAACAGCUAGCAGCCGCGACGUAUUCUGCCUCGGCCGUAGAUGUUGACACACAGUUCUGAUUCUUGGAAGACCAGCAGACUAACUUAUCGCCCAAGAAUUGGACUGCCCCCGAUGUGCUUUUGCGGUCCAUCCGGCAACCAGCAAAGUCAGCAUCUGAGUAUCCGACUAGGUCAAAACCUGAGUGCUUGGGAUACCAAAGGCCUAGAUUCACAGUGCCUUUGAGGUAUCUCAGAAUUCUUCGAACAACGGUCAGAUGGGAUUCCUUCGGAUUUGCCUGAAAGCGUGCACAUAAGCAUGUGGAGAAAACAAUGUCAGGCCUGUUUGAUGUGAGAUAUAGCAAAGAUCCAAUGAUGGCCCUGUAGUUUGUAGCAUCAACUGACUUCCCGGAGGGGUCUGAGUCCAGUUUGUUGUUUGGGGACAUGGGGGUCGUCAUGGAAGAUUUGCCGUCAACGUUGAAUCUCUUAAGCAUUUCCAGAAUGUACUUUGACUGAUUGAUGAAAAUGCCGUCAGAGAGUUGUCUUACUUGCAGGCCUAGAAAGAAAUUUAGUUCGCCCAUCAUGCUCAUUUCGAACUUGGUUUUCAUCAGUUUCUCAAAGUGUUUGCACAGGCGUGGAUUUGAGGAGGCGAAGAUAAUGUCAUCAACAUAGAUCUGAAUCAGGAUGAUGUCAGACUUCUGUCGCUUGAUGAAAAGUGUGGUAUCAAUCUUCCCUUUUGAGAAACCUGAAUCAACCAGAAAUUCGGUUAAUGCAUCAUACCAAGCUCUUGGUGCCUGUUUUAACCCAUACAGAGCUUUCUUUAGUUUGUACACAUGGUCGGGAUAUCUGGGAUCUACGAAUCCUUCGGGCUGAGCGACAUAGACUUCUUCUUCCAAGACUCCAUUCAGAAAGGCAGUCUUGACGUCCAUUUGAAAGACAGUAAAGUUCUUGUGGGUCGCGUACGCAAGAAAAAGGCGGAUUGCUUCAAUUCUUGCUACGGGUGCAAAUGUUUCAUCAUAGUCUAUGCCCUCUUGCUGAUUAUAUCCUUUAGCGACCAGUCGUGCCUUGUUGCAUAUCACUAUGCCUUCUUCGUCCUUCUUGUUCUUGAACACCCAUUUAGUGCCAAUGAUGGUUUUCUGAGGGGGUUUAGGCACGAGUGUCCACACAUCUAGUCUGUCAAACUGAUUGAGCUCAUCUUGCAUGGCAAUCACCCAAUCUGGAUCAGCGAGUGCCUCUGAGACAUUGGACGGUUCAUUCUUGCUUAGAAAGCAUGCAUAGUGACAUUCAUUUGUUGUUGCUGAUCUUGUUCGCACACCUUGACUUGGAUCACCUAUUAUCUGUUCAACAGGAUGUGCUCUCGUCCACUUCCUCUCAUGAGCUAGAGGAGUUGGAGUAAUUAUUGGUUGAUCUGAGUCCUGAUAUGAGUUUGAAGGCUCUGGGGCAGCUGUGGUGUGUAGUGGAGAUGAUUCCGGACUUAUGGCAAAGCCGUGAUCAUCCACACCUCUGGGAUUGGUUUGAGGGGUUGAGGGUGUGGAUGGUACGUCAUCUGGUCCUGUGAGGAGCGGAAUCUCUGCUGUUGGAGUUGAUGUUGACUCUGGAGUGUAUGCAGGAGGUGGAGAUUGUGAGUUCUCGUAAAAGUUUCUGAAGAGAGAGUCGAGAAUCACAUCGUCGUGUUCGGUGUUUGGUUCAGCUUUAUCAAAAGCUACUGGUACAGCAGUGGAUGGAUCGGUCUGGAGAUGUUCAAUAGCAAAGUCUGCCAUUUCAUAGAAUGUAACGUUUACACUCUCGAUGACAGUCCGCUUUUCUCUGAGAUAGACUCGGUAAGCUUUGGAUUGCAGUGAGUAGCCAAUGAACACGCCUUCUCUGGCUUUGGGAUCCAGCUUACUUCUCUCUGUCCGAUCAUUGAGUAUGAAGCACUUGCAGCCAAAUACCUUGAGGAAGGAAAUAUCAGGAGUUUUGUUGAAUAGGAUCUCAUAUGGAGUCUUGUCGAAGCGCUUGUGGAUGAAGGUUCUGUUCUGAGUGAAGCACGCAGUAUUGAUUGCCUCUGCCCACAUGAAGUGAGGCAGUCUUGAUUGAAUUAACAUGGUGUGUGCUGCUUCAACAAGGGUUCUGUUCUUUCUCUCAACAACUCCGUUCUGCUGGGGAGUUUUAGCUGCUGCAAAUUGCUGAGUGAUACCGAGUGAUUCAUAGAACUCACUGAGAGUCUGAUUUUUAAACUCGGUACCAUUGUCAGUUCUCACAAUUCGAACACUGUGCUGUAGCAGUUUCUGGAUCGUUCUGAUAAAGGUCAUAAUGUUUUCCGCAGCUUCGUCUUUUGAACGGAGAAAUUUUGUCCAUGUAUAUCUAGAGAAGUCAUCAACGAUCACCAGAGUGUAUUUGCGACCGUUGAUGCUUUGUACUCUCAUAGGUUCACACAGAUCCAUGUGUAUUAGCUGUAACUGAUGAGUAGAUGAAGGUUCGGUUUUUGACUUGUGGGAGCUUCGCGUCAUUUUGCCCAUUUUGCAGGCACUACAAUGAUUUUCAGCGGAAGACUUUAGCAGAGGAAGCCCCUUGACAAGUUUCUUGGAGGACAAGGUUGAUAGAUGUUUGAAGUUCAGAUGGGCGAGACGUCUGUGCCAUAGGUUGUUCUGUUCAGUUGAAGCUUUGGACAACAGACAGAUGGAAGUGGUGGAUGGACGCUUUUCAGAUCAAUAGUGUACAGAUUUGAUGUUCUGUAACACGUUAAUAAUGUAUUCCCUGUACUGUCAAGAACACAACAUUGUUUUGCAAAGAACCUCACUUCCAUCCCGCUGUCACAGAAUUGUCCAAUGCUCAGUAAGUUGUGUUUGAGCCCUUUGACGAAUGAAACAUCUUUUAUUGUGACGCUGGCACAGAUGACGUCCCCAUACCCAAGGAUAGGAGAUGAGGCGUCAUUCCCGAAUCUGACAUUGCCUCCGUAGCAGUUGGUGUAGUUGCUCAAAAGGUGCUUUAUUCCGGUCAUGUGGGUUGAGCAUCCUGAGUCUAAGUGCCAUACAUGACCGUCCUGCAAAACAAUCAAAUAGGUUUAGGUACCCAACUUGGAGUGGGUCCUUCCUUAUUAUCAAGAAACACCUUUUUAACUCUUGCUUUGAGCAGUGAUCCAAGGUCAGUUGCUCUUUCAACAAAAGAUCUAUCUUUGAUGGGCUUUCCAAUAGCCAGAUCUGCUUUUGCAGUGUGUCUGGUUUUUGGAGUCCACCUAGCAAUUUCCAUUUUGGUGGGUCUGAUGUUGUGAACUCACCUUUCCAUUUUAGUUCUUGUGGGUCUAAGUUUGGGGACACACCUUUCAGUUGCAGUUAUGAUGGGUCUUCGAUUGGGAACCCACCUAUCGGUUUCAGUUUGGAUGGGUCUUCGUUUGGGGACCCACCUAUCUGUUUUAGUUUUGGUAGGUCUCAUCUUGGGGACCCACCUAUCUGUUUCAGUUUUGGUAGGUCUUAUCUUGGGGACCCACCUAUUCAUUUUAGGUUCAGGAGGAGAGUAGACAGGUGCUUUGUGAUUGAACGGUUGUUUCUUAAGUUUGGUUUUGAAAGUCUCCUCCUUAGAAAGCCGAUUAAGAUGUUUCCUAGAAUGAACUCUAAGGGCAUAUUUCAUAUCAGGAAUACAAAACGUUCCCUUAGAAGUUCCUUUCUUGGUUUCUUUUUCAAGUUUAAGCUUUCUGAAAGGCUUAGAUUUAACAACAUUCAUAUCACAUUCAUAAUUAUGGGGAUCUGGAACAGAAUAACCAUAAGCAACACUUGUAUUAUAGAUAGAACUUUGUCUAGAAGAUGUCUCAGAAAUAUUCAGCUUGGGACUCAAGACUGAACUACUAGAAGUUUGCUUUGUAGAGACAGAAUUACAAUUAACUUUUGAGUAAAAAAUUGAACUAGAUCUAGGGCUGGCGUUAUUCUCAAAAACUUUCUUUUUGCCAUCUGCGAUUUCCUUCCUCUUUUUCCUCCACUCAUUCUUCUCUUCUCCUUCCUUAUUCACUUCAUUCCCUGUAAACAAAGGAGAAGAGAGAUGAGUGGACGAACCUUUAAAAGCAUUGUUUUUCUCAUGUGAGGUGUGUGAGCUGUCAGGCUUGGUCGUAGAAGGGUCUGUUUUAGCAUGAAACUGCUCACUCAAAUCAUUAAAUUUUUGAAUAAGUUCCUGCCAGUUGCGCUCAAAACCUUUCUUUUCAGUUUCAAAUCUCUCUCUCUCGUUAUCAAGAGUUUUUUGUAGGUUUUUGAGCUUUUGAGCAAUGGGAAAAAUACAUGGUUCCUCACCAGUUUUAGCAAUAUCAACUCUUGCGGGAGGGUAUAGAGGGUGUCCUAUGUGAGGAAUAUCUUUAGCAUAAGGGUCUAGGCAUUCACUAAAGCAGGAAGUCGGUUUUUCUUCUGAAAGUUGUUUUUCAUUUACAGAGGGAUAAUCACAAGAAAUCGCAGGUUUUGGUUUCUUUCUCUUUUCUUCUUCUGCUUCAGCAUAAUCUUCAUCACUUCGAAAAUACAUUUUCUCGCCAAACCCUAAUCCCAUGUAAUCUUUGUUAUAGAUUUGAAGGCAAUUAACUUUCUUAAGAUUACGUGGGUUGGUUAUGCCCAGUCCUGUUUUAGCAUUGUAAAAUCGGUCAUCCUUUUGUUUGUUGUUAAGCAGAAAAACAGUUUGUUCAUAUUGACCUCUUCUAGCAGCUAGAUCUUCUAGUUCUUUUACUUUAUUCAAAAGCGUUCUUCUUUUGUUAUGCAAAAAAUCGCAUUCAGCCUUUGCUGUGCUUUUUUCCCGUUCACUGUCCUCAAAUUUCUUAGUUAAUUCAGCUAUCUUAAGUUCAAAGCUUUCAAAAUCUGAGGACACCUUUUUGACUUGAUCUUUUGCAAUUUCAAGUUGAAUACUUAAGGAAGACUUUUGGUCUAGAUUCUGUUUCAGAACUCUAUGAUUAUUGUCUAGUCUCUCCUUUAGUUCUUUGAUUAGAUUGUCCUUUUCAAGUAAGGACUGCAUUUGAUUAUUUAAAGAAGUAUGGGAGGUACUUACAGAGCUUGUUGAGCACUUGCUUUCGUGGAUCGCAGCAUCACCCUUUAUUUCAUCUCCCUCCACACUUGCCAUAAGAGCAUAGUUGUCUUCCUCUUCCUCCUCCUCAGAAGAAUCUUCUGCCCAGUUCUCAUUUUCAGCAAUCAUGGCAGAGGUUUCUUCUUUUUUCUGCACCAUCAGCAUUUUCUGCUUAUUCCACAGCAUCUUCUGCUUGUAGAAGUUAGCAUCUUUCUUCUUUGGGAGGCGGCAGUCUUUGAUCACAUGUCCAGGCUUGCCGCAAUUAUAGCAUUUAGGAGCUUCUUCUGCUGAAGAUGCCUUCCUAGAAGAUCCUUGAUCAUGGUUCUUCUGCUUGUAGUUUGAGGAGGAAGUUCUAAGCCUGUUGGAGGAGGUGUUUUUCUUAGCAAAUCUUUUGGCCAGCAGUGCCAUCUUCUUCUGUAAGUCAGCUAGCUCAACCUCUAGAUCAGAUUUAUCAUCAUCACUCCCAUCAUCAUCUGAUUCAACCACCACCUUCUUCUUUUUCUUCUUUAGUGAAGUGGUUGUUCUUCUUGGCUGAGCCUCCAUUACUAGAGCUAAGGGGUUUGUGGUGUGAUGAUCCUCAGCACAGGCAACCUCGUUGACGAAUUGUUUCAGAUGUUCAUAGAGUGUGUAGAGGUCAAUUUCGUCCAAAUCUAUCCGAGAUCUGACAUCUUUCACUGUCUUUUCCCAUGCAGGAUGCAGGCUGGAUAAAAAUCUAAUAUUCAGUUCCAGAUUGGACCUGAAUACUUUGAUCUUUCUGAGUUCAUUUACCAGUUGAACAAGUCUGUUGUAAGUCUCAUUCAAUGGUUCUCCUGGACCUGCUUUGAAGGAGUCAUAAGCGAUGAGAAUCGUAGUCUUCUUUGUUUUGAGGCUGAUGCUUGUGCCUUGUAGCAGCUUCUCUAUUUCAUCCCACAUUUCCUUAGCUGUCUGCAUGCUAUCUAUGAGAACAUAAACCUCAUUUGGUAUUGCUUGAAGGAGGCACGUUUUGGCCAUAAGGUCACCACGAAGUCUGAGCUUGUCAGCUUCUGUGUAUUCAGACGGCACUUUUCUCCUUAUUUCUGGAAAAAUAGGAGGAUUAUUCUCUGGAUCUCCACCAACUGAAAUCAAGAGUUCAGCUGGUCCUUCAAGCAAAGAUUCGAGCAUUGCAGAAGAGUUCUCUUUGUGCUCGAGGAAGUUUAGAAAUCUGUUCCUCCACAUUUGAUAUUCUCCCUUCCUGAGGCUAGGAGGGGUACUGUUGUUCCCUUGUGCAUUGUAUUCUGAACCCAUUGUUGUACUAAACUGACCGUUCGAGAAAAUUGAUCAAAAGAUUUUCAGAGGCAGAAUCUCGAAAAAUCAGAUGUCGAGAUCUGAAUAUCGAAAUCUCAGAUUUCGAUAAAGGAGGCCCGGUAUCGAGAUUUGGGCUCGAGAUUAAGGAUCUCAAGAUUAGGGAUCUCGAGAUUUCAAAUUUCGAGAUGCUGAUCUCGAGAUUUGAAAUGUCGAGAAGUUAAUCUCUCGAAAUCUUAAUCUGAUGAGUCAAAUGUCGAGACCAGAUGUCGAAUCCUUUUCUCGAAAUCAAGAUUUCGAAAUCCUAGAUGUCGAAAUCCUCAAUGUCGAAAUCCUGCAACCUGUAAAAAUCAGAUAAACAAAAUCUGAAGAUAGUUUCCUGUAGAGUUGAAUGUCGAGAUCUUCUGGUAAAGUUUUCAGCUCGAAAAACGUAGCAGAACCUGUUAAGAAGUAGGAUGUCGAGAUGCCUAGCUCGAGAUAUCUCGAAAUCUAAAAUUGCGUAAAACACAAACUGAAGUAUACCCUUUGAUCGCUUUGAAAAGGCGAUUCCAAAGGUGUAACUUUUACAAUUUUUGAACAAGAAACAAAAUUACAGAGCAAAAAAUCAACAGAAUGAACUACGUUAACAAAAAACAGAGUAUUCUGCAGGAGUUCUUCUUAUCGUUCUCGAUCGGCUCUGAUACCAAUUGUUAGUCCCUGUUUCUGUAACAGCAAUGAAUAAUCGAUCUAACAAGGAAGAUUAAACGUAAAGAUGAACACAGAAUGAAUCACCGUAAAACCUUCUUUGAUAAACCGUGGAACGUACAGCAGAAUAAUAAGCGUAAGGCUAUGAAUAAUAAGUACGACGUUCAGCCUUUUCCUAAACCUCGGCUCCCUUUUUAUAGGCGAGGUUUAGGCUAGGCGUACCAGGCUUUUGGCCUGUUUAAAUGGGCCUAACACUUGGCCUGAUUUCUAUCUAAUUUAUGCACUAUUUAAAUACAAGGAUUAAAUAUAAAGCUAAUAUAUGACCAACUUGAUUCACAAUUAAAUAUCUCCAACAUAUAUAUAUAUAUAUAUAAAAUUUACUUUUCUAUUUUCUGAGCUUACAUGAGUAUAUGGAUACCAACACAUCUUCCUUAGAGAGUCAAAUUUCCGUUUUGGCUUCUCUCAUAAAGGAGUUUAUCUUAAGCUCAGAAACUCAAGAUGCCAAGACGUGCGAUAUUUGCAUGUCUCACAGGCAUAUUGCGGAUUUUUUCCUAAAGCUCCAAGAAGAAUACUUCGCACAAAUUAAUUAUGUACCUCACAUGAGGUAUGAUCCAUUCUCCAACUCUAACAUGUCUACGGAGGACAUGGUUCGGGCUCUUACUAACAGCGUGACCACCAUGCAACAAAACAUGGUGCAAUUCCAAAAUGAGACCAAGUCUAGCAUUUUGAACUUGGAAUCUCAAGUGAGUCAAAUAGCCGGAGUCGUGAGUAGGCUUGAAGCAAGAGAUUCGGGAAAACUUUCCUCUCAAAUAGAAUGUGAUCCUAGACAGCAAACUUUUGUAAUCACAUUGACAAAUGAAGACGAAAUGCAAAAAGAGAUCCAGAAUGCAGAAGAAGUAGAGGAAGAAAAAGACACGAAGCUCCAACUGGUCAAAGAAGAGGAUAAUCUGAGCUUCAAGGUUAAAUAUCUAUCCUUGUCAUCUUUUGAGGUACCCCCAUCAAUUCUAAAAAUUUUGAGGGAAACUCAUAAACUUGAAAAGGACAAUGACAUUUCUGAAAUAUUAUUCAAAAUUGAGGGAUCGAAAAACUUUUUAUUGACCAUACUAAACGAUAAUUUCUUCCCCUUCCUCCCACCACACGAAUCAAUGAAAAUCUGGAUAUUUGAUCCUGGAAAGAAUUCCAAAGUGGAGAGUCGAGAAAUUGAGCACUCCUAUGGAAGUCCUAGGAGUGAAAGUGUGAAGAAAAUAAACUAUCAUGAUCCAAGUUUGAAUGACUGAAAACAAUGAUAGCGUCGUGCCGCGACGUUAAAUGAGGCGCUUCUUGGGAGGCAACCCAUGCAAGGUACGUUUACUUAUUUUAUUUUAUUUUUACACAUUUCAGUAAAAAAAACAAAAAAAAAGUUUUGUGCACCACGACUUAAUACCCGAUCGGGCACAUGUAUAUAUCCGGUCGGGUAUAAGGGAAAUAAAAUUUCAAAAACUACGACGAGAAGAAGUCGAUCGGGUAUGAAAAUCUCAGAAAUCGAAGAAAAGGAAGAUACCCGAUCGGGUAUAGCAACUUACCCGACCGGGUAUUCUUAAAACGUGAAAUUCCGGAGCUCACUGCCUCGUGUACUUGAUCGGGUAUGAAAAUCCCAGAAAUCAAAGAAAAGGAAGAUACCCGAUCGGGUAUAGCCACUUACCCGACCGGGUAUGCUUAAAACGUGAAAGUCCGGAGCACACUAACUCGUGUACCCGAUCGGGUAUACACACUUACCCGGUCGGGUAAGCGGGAUUGCUCAGCAUUUUAAUUCACGAACGACCUUCUUCUUCCCAAAUUUCUUCCCCAAAUCCGACCAAACCCUCCCCAAACCUCCAUAGCCGGCUUUUCUAUCUCAAAUUACUCCCAGAAUUCUCCACCAAAUCCCUCCAAACCACCACCAAAAUCUUCCCCACAUCUCCCUCUACACACCCAUACCCAUCAACACCACAUUCUCUCCCAAAUUCGUAAAGUCCGAAAAACCCAACCCCACCACGUAAAAGUCCGAAAUUUGGAGCUCAAAAUCCAAAUUUUCUAGCAAAAAUGGCACCAAAGAGGACAAGAGGAGAAAGUUCUUCUUCAAGAGCACCGGUUCCCGGCUUUGAAAACAUCAUCAUCACCUCAUCCGCUCACCGGGCAAAAGUCUUGGCCCAAACUAAAAGAGAGGUACAUCAUUCCCAUUUUUUGUGUAUGAAUACUUUGGAUGAGCUAGGAAUUCUUGCUAUGAUGCUUCAAUUAGGUGAAUUGUUGGGAAUGAGCACAAUUUUUGGGUUGAAAUAUAACCCAAAUGAUGAACUUGUGUAUGAAUUCUUGGGUUUCGUUGAGAGAAUCAAAGAUGAUAAUGAUGAUAGGGAGGAUAAACUCACGUUUCGUUUAUUCAAUAAAACACAUUCCAUAACAAAACGUGAGUUUGCGGAGCACUUUGGCUUGCCCGUGCCACCACAAAACGCCCAAGAGUCCGACACUGGGUAUGGCUUUGAAUUGUGGAAAAAAUGACGGGGGAAAUGACCUUUAGCUCCAAAAAUCUUGUCAUAACCCAUGUCCAACACCCAGUGCUACGCAUUUUCUUGAAAUACUUGGUUAGCUUUGUGUUUGGACGCCCCAACAAUCACCAAGCACGAACAGGUGAUAUAUGUAUUCUAGCUAAUGCAUUGUUUGACAUACCUCCCUUCCACUACAACAUUGUGAACCGUAUGUAGGAACAUCUGUACAAAGAAUGCACCGCCCAAGGAAAAAUUUGGAUAGGGGGCGUUAUUCUCCACAUAGCUACAAAAUUCGGUUACGUAGACAAUGCACCAAUAGCCGAAUUCUGUCUUUUUGACAUAACACAUCUGGGCAAUUCAAAAGACAUCAAGUUCUCUCAUCGUGAUUACAAGGGGAAAAUCUUUUACAAAUGGUCCAUCUUCCCGAAACCCACUUGUUACUUCAUGAUCCCCUCCGAGGGGCUACCCACUAUUCCGUUCGGAGUAGAACCACCUCUUGUGCACCACUAUUGCCUCCCUCCAGCCAUCCCACCAUAUUUUCAAAACCAAGAAGAUGAACCCGCACAAGAACAAACCCCUCCAAUUCCUGAAGACGUUCCAGCCCCACCUCACGACCCACCCCAGUACGAUCUGUAUCAAACACAAGUGCUUGAGAACCAACGUGCUCUAUUGGAAGGACUCCGGGAUUUGAGCUUCUGGGUCAACCGCAUGGACGACGACAACCGACGGGCAAUAGCCCCAUCUAUGCUUCCCAUCAUCAGCAGGGGCACUUCUCCUCUAUGCGGCCCCCAGUGCAGCACCCGUCAUGGUAUGACCCCUCUCAGUGGGGUAAUUUUGGGGAUGACGUCGGCUACAGUGGAGGAGACUAUGGUGGCGGUCAGCCAGGCUUUGACGGAGACGAGCAUUAGGGACAAUGCUUCAAGCUAAGUGAGGGGGAAUCACUCGUUGGUACGUACUUAAUUGUUUCAACCUUGUAACUUGCAUCAUUUAAAAAAAACAAAAACAAAAAGAAAAAAAAAGGGAAAUGCUAGUUAGGUUGAAAACCCCAAAAACGGGCAAUCUAAGCAAAAAGGGCUUAUAAAAAAAUGUUAAUGAGUGAGUUGGAAAGGAACAAAACAAAACGAGAUGCUAGGAUGAAAACCUGGAAAGGCUCCUAAGCAAAAUGAGAGAUAUUAGAGGUUCAUUUCUUUUUUUUUACAGGGCAAUGGUGGUCUCAAGAAGCGGAAUGAAGGAAUUGAAAACAAGAGAAGAGCAUAGAAGGCCAUAAAACCCAAGAAAAUAUUAAUCUUUGAGCUCAAAACUCAAUUUAAAUCUAAUGUACAAUCCUUGGUGGUCUUUUGCUCUUUCUUGUUAAAUUGUUGAACUAUUGAAGACAUAAAAACUUGUAAACAUUUGGCUUUACUCGAGGACAAGUAAAGAAACUAAGUGUGGGGGAGUUUGACGCCGGUAGUUCUCUGCCCGUUCCCCCAAGAACUGAUUUUACUUGACGCCGGUAGUUCUCUGCUCGGACGUAAGCUUGCUCACGCCUCUCAUCGACCAGGUGCAGGUCAAUCUUCAUGUUUUCUUCGUUGGUGUCAGGCUCGUACUGUUCCACCCGUCGGCUGGGGAUGGCAACUUCCGUGGGCGCCUUUGCUUCAAAGCCGUAGCACAGGGCGAAAGGCGUUUCACCUGUCGCCCUCCUCGGCGUGGUUCUGUAGCACCACAGGAUGUUGGGGAGCUCGUCGACCCAACUACCUCCUGCGGCCUGGAGUUUCUUCUUCAGCCCCUCCAUGAUUGUUCUGUUGGCGUUCUCGACUUGCCCGUUGCCCUGAGGAUAGGCAACGGAGGAGAAACGAUGCUUUACCCCAAAGGGGAGUAUUUAUAGAGAAAAUACGGGCUGGGCUCCCAAGCCUUGGGCUUGGGAGGCCCAUUUACAACUGGACCGCUACUGGGCCGAAUACAAAGCCGCUAAUGGGCUGUACAAAUGAGUAAGUGUAAAAUCCGGUUCUGGGAGGUCUUCGUGGCCGACGAGGGCGUGGCCGACGAGGGCGCGGCCGACGAGGGCACCCGGGUUCCUUGGGCUCAGGACCAUAAUCUGAGUUGGCCCCUUUUCGGCCGACGGGGGCGUCUUGGCCGACGAGGGCGCCACUCUGUGUCUUGUGCUUUCUGUUCUUCCGAGUAUGUGGGUCCGGGGGCUCAGACCCAUAUACUCCAUCACCCACUUACAACCAACUACAUUUUUAGUGCUGUCAUAAGGAACAAAAUCCCAAAUCUUAUUGGCAAUUAAAUCAUUAAAUUCAUCAGCCAUGGCAGCCGCCAUAUAAAAUGUUUUUGAGCUUGAGAAAAACAAGUGGGAUCAUCCGGGAGUGAAACAACACUUAAACUAAAAAUACUUUUUGGCUUAAAAAUUCCAUCUUUAGCCCGGAUUUGCAUGGGAUGUAUAUUAACGGGUAUAGAGGAGGAGGCAUGCGAGCUAGGUGGCUGCCUAAGGAUGAUGCUGGAUGGUGGUGUAGUGUCAUGCGAAUUGGCUAGGGAUGGUGGGGAUAUGGUACGGUACUGGGAGAGGUAGUGGGUGACCGUGGGCUGGGGGUAUCCGUAGGAUUGGUGAAGGCAGUCGAGGGAGUUUGUACAAUUUGGGGCGGAGAAAGGAUGAGUGAGGUUGGGCUGGACGGUGGAAGACGGGAAGUGGUGUGUUCUACUGGUAUACUAGGUAAGGAAGGCCUAGACAUAGUCGAGGUGGGCACCCAAGGAGAAGCUAAAGUAGGGGAUAAGGCAUCGGUAGUGGUGGAGGGAUGAGUAAGGCGGGUGUAGGGAAAAUCAUUCUCAUGAAAUUGAACGUCCCGGCUAAUAUACACUUGACCAGAAACAAGGUCUAAACAACAAUAACCUUUAUAGCCCGGAGCAUAACUCAAAAGGACACAAUGAGUGGAGCGUGUUGAGAGUUUAUUGGAUGACUUGGCAAUAAAAUUAGGAAAACAACUACAUCCAAAAACACGGAGAAAAUUAAAAUCUGGAGAUUUAUUAAAUAACUUUUCAAAGGGAGUUAAAUUCUUCAAGAGCGGUGUGGAUAAUAAAUUAACAAUAUAAGUGGCAGUAUAUAAAGCAUCCACCCAAAAAAUAGAGGGAAUGGAAGAUUCAAUCAGCAUAGUCCUAGUUAAUUCUAGGAGGUGACGAUGUUUGCGUUCAGCAACUCCAUUUUGGGCAGGGGUAUCGGGGCAUGAAUGUAACACCGUCCCCAAGCAUAUUUAUUUUUUAGUAAAUCAUGUAAUAAACCUUGAAGAAUAAAUUAUGAAUCUACGAGGUUGUAAAUUUUUAUUAAUUCUUUUACGUGAAUAGUAAAUCGCACGUGGAGCCCAUACCGGAAACGGGGACUACCCGAUAAUUCCAGGACCCCAUAUUAUAUUCAUCUUGGUCUAGAUAAUAUUUAUAUGGUGGUGGAUAUUUUAGUUGGGCCAUAGAAAAGGCAUAACGUUGACUCGUCGGUCAAACGAGCCCAACUACCAACAUUAGUAAUUUAUGAGAUACAGUCUGAAAUGAAUUUCGGGGACUUCUAAAUUGAAAGCUAGGGAAUGUAUAUUCAAUCUAAAGUCUCGUGAUAGUUGAGGAUGUAUUUUAUAUUUUAUUUGACCCGAUAAAAUAAAAUAUAAUUAAAACAGUCUGAGAAUUACAACUUUCGGGGCCGAAUGUAUAGUCUGGGGCACAAAGGGAUGACCUCCCACAUGAGUGGGGGACACCCCACAUAUUUGUGUGCUCAAAUUAAUGAGAGGAGGCUGGAGUUGACUAGGGAAUGUGUGGAUGAGUGGGCUUUGGCAUCAAAGGUACCAUGGAGGACCCCCCACCCUCAUUCAUUUCCCAUUUGAGACAAAAUAAACCACUCUCUCUCACCCCCAAUCAUAUAGCUCGCCCAAACCCAUAAUUUUGAGAGGAGAAGCUCUGCAAGAUACUCAUCCUCCAUAGCCAAUUCGAACUCAAGCAAUAGGAGUCCAAGGAGAAAGGUUAAAGAAGGAAAAAGUGAGGAAAAGUGUGAAGGAUUAAGGAGCUUGACUAAAGUGUUCCUAGAGUUUUCCGAAGUUCGCCGGCAGGUGACUGCCUCUAAAGCAGGGCACUGAUUCAAGACAGCAGUUGGCUCAAUUUCUGACAAAUGUACAGGGAAUCUCAGCUCAUGACUUAUAUCAUCUUGAUCACCUCAUAUCAAGGAUUCCAAAAAGGUUGGAGCUAGAGCCUGUUGUCUACACCUUUGCAAGGGUGAAAAGAAUCUAGAGGAAGACAUGAUUCGUGUUUCCUUUAUUAUUUCAAAUCAUAAACUAUGCUCAUGGAUACUUUUGUAAUAUUACAUUGUUUUUGGCCUGCGAGCCUACGUUUUGCCAUAUGUGGCUUAUGAUUGACCGUUGAAUAUUUUCCGCUAUUCAUUCAAUCUAUGAUGUGAUGUUGUUAUGUAUGUUUACUUACUGAGUAUGGUGUGAACG